AUGUUCGAGGAAAUGGACCACUCCGGAGACGGGGGUAUUCAUGGCCAACUACUACAGAAUAACGGCUUCCAAGGAUCAAGCCUAGGAAUGACCUCCUACGCACCGGUCGGGGACGUGUCCAUCUCGCGCGAUACGUCUAAGCCCGUGAGCGAGGCCAUCAAAUCGUCGCUAAGUGUUGAUGUUCCAAAAAACAGCACGGAGUAUGUUGGGUUUGCCAACACAGGAUAUAAUGGAGUUCCAGUCACCAAAGACACUUACAGCAGCUCAUUCUGGAUGAUGGGCGACUAUUCUGGAACGAUCAACCUUCAGCUCAUCGGAUCAAACAGUGGAAUUGUGUAUGCCGACCACAAUCUCACCGUCAACAGCACGAGGUCCAAGUUUGCCCAGUUUGAGACAUCAUUCAACUCGACUGCAUCACCAGACGGAGAGAAUGAAUGGCAUUUGACAUUUGAUGGCUCAAAGGUUGCUGGAGACUCAUUGAAUUUCGGAUAUAUUCAACUGUUUCCACCGACAUACAAGAAUCGAGAGAACGGACUCCGUCGGGAUCUUGCGACAAUUGACAGCCGUUGGAAGUGGAAUACGACGAUCGGGCCACUCGUCGACCGACCAGGGCGCGAGAGUGAUUGGUUUUAUCCAAACACGGACGCAGUCGGAUUGGACGAGUAUCUGUGGUGGUGCGAAGACAUGAAUAUGACACCAGUCCUCGCUGUGUGGGCAGGAAAGUCAUACGGCGGCAUCGUGUCAGAGUCCGACCUCGAACCCUAUGUCGACGACAUCAUGAACGAGCUUGAGUAUCUUCUCGGUGAUUCGAAGACAAAAUACGGGAAAAUACGCGCUGAAAAUGGUCGCGAGAAGCCGUGGAAGAUCGAGUAUGUGGAAAUCGGCAACGAGGACGAUCUUACUGGUGGAUGCGAUACCUACCCGAAUCGCUUCGAUCAAAUCUACAAGGCAAUCCACAAGAAGUAUCCGCAUAUCACUCUCAUCGCAUCGAAUGGGGACUCUUCUUGUCUUCCGUCCCCAGUUCCAAGGGGCGUCAUUCUUGAUUUGCAUCUCUACCGGCAACCAGAUGACUUUGUCGCUUUGUUCAAUCAAUUUGACAAUCAUCCUCGACAUCAGCCUGUUAUGGUCGGUGAAUACGGUUGCCGAAAUACGUCCGAUGCGAAAGGGACGUACUGGUCGUAUCAACAGGGGACAUGCAGCGAGGCGGUGUAUAUGAUCGGUAUGGAGAGGAACAGCGAUAUUGUGGAGAUGGCAGCAUAUGCACCUGUGCUGGAGCAUUUUGGAUUCAUUUCCUGGUCGCCCACGAUGUACGGCUUCAACUCCAGCCCAGGGUCGAUAACGCCUUCAACAUCAUACUUUGUGCAGCAGAUGUUCGCUUCGAAUAAAGGAGACACUGUCCUUCCGGUCAAGUCUUCUUCCAAGUUCGGACCCCUGUAUUGGGUGGCAACAAAGAGCGAUGCCGAGUGCUAUGUCAAGCUGGCUAAUUACGGGCCGGACCAGCAAAAUGUCACAGUGGGCGUCCCGAAAAGCAAGUCAGGUCGGCUAGAAAUGCUGGCGGGCUCUCGUCUCGAGGGGAAUCAGCCAUACUCGGUCACUGUUCAGACAAAACAUUCGGAGGUCGAGCAAAAUCAGGGUAAUUAUACUGUCCUGAUGCCACCAUGGGCCGUUGCGGUGCUAGCAGUGCAGUAG